AUGAAAGAUGCAGAACAGGACUUUAGGCUGAAUAGAACCCGGGAUAUGUAUAAGAGAGUAAAGGACAUAAAAGGAGAUUUUAAAAAGAAAGAACGUUUUUUGAAGGAUGAUGAUGGAAUGUUGAUAACUGCAGAAAAAGAAAUAGCUGAACAAUGGAGAAAGUAUUUUGACAAACUAUUAAACUGUGAAGAACCAACCGAAAAGUUCAACUUUAAUAUUGAGAACAUAAAUACACAAGAAUGUACAUAUCCUACAUUGGAGGAAAUAAAAGGACAAGUACAUAGAUUAAAAAAUCACAAAUCACCAGGGGAGGAUUGUGUUCAAGCGGAACUCUUAAAAAAGGGAGGAUUAAUAAAAUAUUCUCGAAUUGUGUUUUAG